CGCCAUACUUGUUGUCAUUGUAUAAAAGUUGAAAAUUACUUCAAGGGUGAUUUCUUCUCAUAAAAUAAAGCAUGGAUAUUAAUCAUGUUACACAGGACAUUGACACGCGAUGUUUUGGCGUGACCCGGCCAUUUUCUCACGUUGGUGUUGAACAUGACUUGCAACAAUUUUGAAUGCAAGUCACAAGACGAAGGCUGUGAUGAAAGAUUCCAAACCUUGUGUCUUAUGAACACAAAUAUCCGCUGCUGGUAAACUAUUGUUUUCGAUGAAACUCUGGCAGUCUAACUUAAAUAUCGUAGCGAGGGAUAGCCUAUAAUGACAAGCUGGCAAUGACAAGAUAUUCCAGCAACUGUAGCGGGGUGAUUGAACUCUUUACAAAAACUACGGAAAUACAAAUUCUUCAGACUGUAGUUGGAAUCAUUUCUAUACUUGGUUCGCUUAUUAUUAUUGUCACAUACUUCAUAUUUUUGGAUAUGAAAUCAACGGCAAGGAAGAUACUGGUAUUUAUCUCGUUCAGUGACAUUUUUACUGUUUUUCCCUAUGUUAUUAACGCCUGGUAUCACUCUCAUUCGAGAAACAUUUCAAAUUGUAAAUGGCAAAGUUUUUUCACUACAACUGCUGUUAUGUGGUCGUUCUUUUGGACAUCGUCACUGGCCAUUUAUGUUUUUGUUGUAAUCACAAGGAAAAAUUACGAUUUGGGCGAAAAGUUGAUGCUCUAUUUUCACUUUUUUAACUGGUUGGUACCUAUUGGUAUUGUAACUGUGUCGUUUGCUAUUAGAAAGCUGGGUUGCUCAGAAGCAUUAGUAUCAGGUGGUUGGUGCUGGAUAUCUAUGGAUAUUGGCAGGGAAAAUGCAAUAAAGUGGAUGUUUAUCACUGGAAAGGGUUUUGAGAUACCUUCUUACUUCAUUAUUCUCACUUUCUGCUUUCUUGCAGCAAGAAAAUUAAAGACAGAGUUGAGAAGGAAACGUUUUACAUUUUCACAAGAAUCAACAAGAGUGAUUUUGCAAGGAAGAAAGAAGUUGAUUGCUGGUCCUGUAAUGUUUGUAUUUCUUCGUGGAUGGGGUACAGUGAGAUUUUUCAUUUAUGUUAUCUAUCCUUACUCUGAUUGCAAUUUGUUUGCUAAAGUCCUGGCCGUACUUCAUAUAAUUGGAGAUUCAUCUCAAGGAUUUGUUUUCUUCAUUCUGUAUUGUUUGUGCACGACCAAAUUUCUCGAGAAUUGUCGAUUGUUGCUUAGCGUUUGUUGUAAAGGAAACAGCAAUAGAAAUAUUCGUGAGAUACUGUUGAAAAAAGGUAUGCGAAGAGCGGCUGAAAAUGAAUAUCGGAAAUAUCUUCUUCCCAAUGACGACACUAAGGACUACAACACCCAGGGUCUGAAUGAAAAGUAUACGACUAUAAAAUAGAUAUAUGGGAUCAUCAAAGAUUUGGGAUAUUUAUUGCAAAUCCAAUCAUAGAACCAAAAUUACGAAUGUCAUAAUCGAAGGCUUUCUUUGCAAGCCUUGAAAAGUAAAGUAUUCAUGUGUCUAUAGUAUUGUUGAUGAUACUUAAUCAUAGCUUUUUUCUCUAACUGCCAUGCAAACGUUUGUAGUUUGGCUACCUUCCUUAUAACGGAAUAAUAUCAUAGAUCUAUGGUAAGUUAGACCAGGCAUUAAAAUAAGUGUGUUUUUUAAA